AUGGGACCUGCUCCAACCAAUUCCAUCAGGGAUGCCAACAGCAUGCAACCUCAGGGCAGAAACCCUUCCCAGCCACUGAGCAGAAACCCUCCCCAACCACUGGGCAGAAACCCUUCCCAACCAGAGGUCAGAAACCCUCCCCAACCACUGGGCAGAAAUCCUCCCCAACCACUGAGCAGAAACCCUCCCCAACCACUGGGCAGAAACCCUUCCCAACCACAGGGCAGAAACCCUCCCCAACCCCUGGGUAGAAACCCUUCCCAACCCCAGGGCAGAAACCCUCCCCAACCCCAGGGCAGAAACCCUCCCCAACCACUGAGCAGAAACCCUCCCCAACCACUGGGCAGAAACCCUCCCCAACCACUAGGCAGAAACCCUUCCCAACCACUAGGCAGAAAUCCUUCCCAACCACAUGGCAUAAAAGUAUAA